CGACGGGAUCGGUUGUACUACGUUGCCAAAAUCCAUCAGCACCAUGUCCAAGGACAAGUUCACAGUCACAGCGAUGCUGCUGCUUCUGCUGGCGACCUGCGCGUCUGCAGAACCGAGCUUCGAGGAUAUCGAUCGCAGUUCGAACCUGGGAGCUGAGGAUGUGCCGACCGCAGGAUCCCAACUGGAUCCAUCUAAGCCACAGCUGUUAAAGUUCCAGAAGGCACUCGGCGGAUACUCGGACUACGAGUACUACCUGGGUCCACGGCGCAUGGGGGGUUCCUAUGGUCCGGAUAACGAUCUCGGCGCACCCACUUCAGCUCUCAAGAUCCAUGGCGAAGGCAACUUGGCGUCCCUGAAUCGGCCGGUCAAUGGCAACGCCCACAAGCCGGUGUCCUGGUAUGGAGUAUACUCCGACAAGCCCAUGUACCCCUCCAGAUCGUACGAUCCCUAUAUCCGCCGCUACGACAGAUUCGAUGAGCAAUACCAUCGCACUUAUCCACAGUACUUUGAGGAUAUGUACAUGCACCGCUCGCGCUUUGAUCCGUACGAUAGCUACAGCCCCCGAGUGCCGCAGUAUCCGGAUCCGUAUGUCAUGUAUCCCGACCGAUAUCUGGACACACCGGCCGCCCGGGAUUAUGUGAAAUCGCGUCGCGCUUAUAUCGAUGAUCCCAUGGCUCUGCCCGAUUCGUAUAGGAACAGCAAGUACGAAUCCGCGAAGCUGCCAGACCUGGCGCCGCCUCCGGUGCGGAACGAACGGAUCGUCUACUAUGCCCAUCUGCCGGAGAUUGUGCGGACACCGUAUGACAUGGCCCGUCCGGAGGAGCGCAACUCGGCCGCCAUGACGAUGGCGAAUGCUCCCUACAAGCCGAACAAGAAGAAAGUCAAGACCAGUGCUAACAGGACCAACAAUGCUACAAACUAUAAGAUAUCAUUGUAGUAGAAAUUUAGAAAUUAAUUCUUAUUAUUUUUUUUUUUUUACCAAUACAGUUGGAAUAUAUAGGGUAAGGCACACAGAGGUUGGGUUAGUUCUUAUUGUCUCACAUAGUAUAUUCCAUAUCCUGUCAUUAAAUACCUUUUUGUGGAUAUAUUCUAUCAUACCAAUGACCAAAUACUUGUACCUUUAAUAUUUAAAUAAGAAUUCAAAUGAAUAAUCUUUUCUUUUUUAAAGUUAUGGCUAUCUUACCCUUUUUUAAUCACAGCCAUCAACG